AUCAAGCAGCGAUGGCGUGUUCAAGCACAAAGUAUGCAAAUAUGACCAUCAAAGACCUUAAAGAUGAAUUAAAAAAAAGAAAUGCGCGACUUUCUGGUCGUAAAAAAGAAUUAUUUGAAAGACUAAUUGCCUAUGAUAGAAACCAGAAUUUUGGACAGACAGAAGAUUUAGAGCCCGAAUAUAGGAUGACGUUACCUGACCCAUUAUCGUACUUUGAUGUAAAUGCCGACUCUACGUUUUCUGGUACUACACUUGAGAAACUGACAAGUUACCUGGCCAAAUUUGAUAAUCAAUUAGACAAUAAAGUAAAGCGGUUAUAUAAUGAACGAACAAUUCGGUAUUUCAAAAUAUCCUAUGAUAAUGAUUUAACUUAUGUUGCCUCUAGUUGCUAUGCUGAAUACAGGACAGGAAUUUCAUACGAGAUUGAUUUGUUACUUGACAGAAGUGGGUCUAUAAUGGAGGCCCAGUGCGAGUGUCCUGCAGGUGAGGGACCUAGUGCUCACUGCAAGCAUGUAUGCGCUGUGAUAUAUGCCUCUAUCAUGUUCAAAGAGUUCAGAAACAUAAAGGUUGAAGAGACAUGUACACAAAAACUGCAGAGUUUUCACAAGUGCAAGAGGUUCCUCGGUAGUCCAAUAAAGUCACAAAACAUCAGCAUGCCAGGUGCAGACGAGUUUACCAAUAUGGACUUUGAUCCAAGACCAGAUCACCUUAGAAAUGCUCCCGGCUACAACGAUUAUUUUAGAAACCUUUGUUUAAAUUUUUCAGGCAUAUCCAAUAUGCUUAUAUUUCAACUCUUUGAACCUGCUAAUGCAUAUGCUGUUGCACAUGACCAUGAUCAUUUGAAGCUUACACCUCAAGAUAACUUUCUUGAAAGAAUUGGCCUACUUAAUAUUACUCAGUAA